AUGUUUGCCCGCUCAGCACGUACCCUCGCCACUGCCUCGCGCACCCCUAUGCUCAACAACUCGACCGUUGCUGGCCGCCGCUGGACCUCGAUCGAGCACCGUAACGGCAAGUCGAAGCUUAUCUACCGCUUUGGCAUGAAGGACAUCCCAGUCGAGCUCUACCCCCUUGGCUUCAUUGUCAGCGCGGGUCUCGUCGGUGGUGUUCUCGCUAUUGGCCGUCACUUUGCCGUUGACGGCGAGCUGCGUCUUCGCCGUGCAGGAGCCUCGCCCGACAUCAAGCCCCGCACUUCUUGA